GCAGUGGAACGAGUAACAUUGAAUCGGUUGGCUGGUCUCUCUGGUAGCAAUACGGGCACGACGCACGGGCGUUUACGUAGAGCCUUCGCAUUUUAAACAUAAGCGGCUUGUUGUGUGUCGAAUUUGAAGUGGUGCAAAAAGGAAUUAAUAAAAUCUAAGCAAUUCGAACGCCCAUAUAUUGCACGUAGUGGAAGUUAGUCGGUAGAAAAAAUUAGUUGGCGUUAAAGAAAUAAACAAAAAAUCGUCAAAUUAUGUGAAUGUGUGCGCGAAGUUUAGUGUUUUUCGUGUGUUUGCGGUAAUUUACGUGAUAUUUGGGGUUGAUCGGAAGUGCUGACUGCGCUGUCUACUUAUAAAAUUACAUACAUACAUAGUAUACCGUUGCGUCGCUAAUUGUCUAUGUAACGCGCGCCGUCUUCCGUGCAUAAAUCACCGACAGCGCGUGCUUGAGUUUGUGUGUAUGUGCUUGUGUUUUCCGUGGCGCAUAUUUCAGCAAUUUCCUUGUCCGCGCGCGCUUACAAAACACUCGACCGUCGAAGAUGAGUGUUGUGUCGACUUUGCUGGCUCAACAAGUCUACAAUUGGCAGCUGGAGGAUUUUGCUUGUUUUCGCAAAUGCGGCGAAAUCACCGUGUCCCCAGAUGCGCAAACCUACGGCAUGAAUUGUCGCUUCUGUGCCGGCAUUUGUCUGCAAUUCGACGUUUUCAUCGAGCACAUACGCGAGGUGCAUGCGGAGCGUGUCAGCGCGCUCUAUCAGCAGACGGACGCGUGCGGUGGCGAGGCUAAGUGUGAGCAAAGCACACAAACACCAAACGAAACCGAAUUGGAAACCUAUAAUGAUUAUGAUGACGACGCUGCCUUCAUAGCUGCCAUUGCCAAUCACACUGCCGACGGCGACGUGGACGGCGACCACGACGAUUUCGAUAUCGAUGUAGAGUGCAUUGAUGGCGGUGACGAGUGCGCUUUCAAUUGCAACUAUAACAACGCCGUUGUACGCGACGACGCCGUCGACGCCAACGUUGGCAGUGACACUGACACCGACUCCGCAACUAAUGCCACGGCACAAGUCUCGCUCCCACCGCGUCGCUAUCCACAACGCCAUCGGCGUCGCACAGCUGUUGUAAAUGGUAGCAACGGCGAAGGCGAAGAUAAGCCGCGCAAACUAUGCCGUUGGAAUGAAGCGCCGUCAGCGAAAUGUAAUGGGACUUUGGGUAAAUACAAAACACUCACCAACACGCAGACACCGCCAACACCGGCACCGACACCAUCGCCCUGGACAACGCCAGUGCAAAAUGUUAAAGACGGCAACAACAUUGUGCACGCGUUUGAAAACGAAAGCGAAACCGCGACCAUUGCAAUGGACACACCCGACACGCUCGACAUUAGUUUGGCGGCGGCGCAAAUAGACAUGAGCGCUUUGCUGGGCGCCGAGGACGACGACGACGAUGUGGAUAUGCAGGCGCAUAACAGUGUACCGGAAGCGCCGCAAGCGCAAGUGGACUUGGUGUAUAUAAUGGAAAGUGCAACGCCAGAUGGUGUCAUCGAAGAGGAGACCGUGGUCGAUCCAUUCGAAAUGGCGCAAGGCUGGCGGCGUUCAACAGAUUCAUCGGAGUGUCCGGAAAAUGAUGUAUCCAGUCCAUAUAGCGACAGAGAAUUGCGUAGAAACCUUAUAGCAUUGCCGUUGAACACAUCGAAAACGCCAAAUGGCGAAAAGCCCUUGGUCAACGAAAAUGAGCAUAGUACCGAAGUGAUCUUUUACCUGCUUGAAGCGUACAAAAAGAACGAAAAACUCUGGAAUCCCAAUCAUUCGCAAUACAAAUACAACGCGAAUCGUAAGAUGUUCGAGGAAUUAUCGCGCCCACUCUUGCGAGAUAUGAACUACUCAUUGGACGGCUCCGAGAUCUAUGCGAUCAUUAAGAGUCUACGCUCACGCUAUCGACUGGAAUUGGCUAAAGCGCGCGAACGUAAGGGCAAAUAUAAGACACGUUUCAAAUAUUUCGAGAAAAUGGAGUUUCUCCGUGAUAUCAUUGAGAAUAAACGUGCUGCACGUAGAGUUAAGAAACAAUUGGACAGUUCGGAUAAAUCAUUGGAUGAAGACUGCACAGAAUCGACACGUUCCACACAUAAUCGUACCGUACUUACUUAUCUUUUGGACGCCUUUCGUAAACAGGAAUCGCUCUGGAAUCCGCAGCAUCCCAACUACUUACUAUGUAAUAAGAAUGAACUGAUGCGUGAGAUCUCAAUAAAUUUGCUGCUGGAGAAGGAUGUUAACAUGACCGCCGAUGAAUGUGCCACCGAGAUACAAAAACUACGAACGCGCUUUCGACGCGAAUUACGUAUAGUACACGAACAAAAAGGACUGUAUGCGCCGAAAUUGUGGUGCUUUGAACAAAUGGAGUUCCUGCAGAAGAUCUUCGAAGAUCAGUUAUGCGAUCGUCUAAAAAAGCGCAAAGGUGUUAUCGCUUGCAAACCAAAGAUACAAUAUUUAAAGGCUAAAUCUAUCGAGUUCAAAAGUAACGAUGAUCAUCUGACAUUCAUUGAGAUCUACAAGAGCUAUUCAGCGCUUUGGGAUGUCGAGCACCCCGAUUAUCGUUCGACCACAUACCGCAAUGAGGAACUCAACCAAAUGCUCGAGGAAGUCAAUCUGAUGCUUGGCAUUGAUAGUACAUUGGAAGAAUUGCAGAAAACCUUAUAUGAAAUGCGUAAAGAGUUUUCAGCCGAAAAGCAUAAGCGUCUAGUCGAAACCACACAAAACAACACAACGCCGCCACCACCGCCACCGUCAAUUAUACAAACGAAGCUGAUGGAAUUUCUCGAUGUUAAUCUGGGACCAUUUCGCUGUGAUGUUUGCGCUGAACUAAUUAAGACCUCCGAUCAGUAUAAGAUUCAUAAGUCUGGCCAUGAUGGCAUGCAACCAUUUAUUUGCACGCUUUGCGGUAAGGGUUUCCAAAUACCGGGCAAUCUUACCAUACACAUCCGGCGUCAUAAAGGUGAUUUUCCGUAUGCUUGCGAAGUAUGCGAUAAGAAAUUUGCUACAUCCACCGAGGUCGCCAUUCAUAUGCGUAGUCAUACAGGCGAGCGUCCCUACAUCUGCAGCUUCUGUGGCAAAUCCUUCAAAACUUGGUCCUUUUACGACACACACCGACGCGCCCACCUCAACCAGUCCAACUUUCAUUGUCCCAUCUGUGACAAGGCCUUCUACGAGCGCAACCGUUAUACGGAUCACAUGAAUGGCCACUUGAAUAUACGUAAGCAUGUUUGUGAUGUGUGCGGCAAGGCCUACACCACAUUCGCCAAUCUGAAGAAGCACAACGAACUGCAUUUGCCAGUGAAGAAGUACAAAUGCGACAUUUGCGGGCAGCGUUUUGCACAAUUCGCCAGCGUGCGUUGGCACAAGCGUAAAACGCAUGCGCAAGCGCAAGAUAAGCGGCACGAACAGAUGGAACAGUGAUGUGGGUGAAAAUGGUACAGUAUUGAGGAUUGGCGUGUAUAUAAAUGUGGCAUUUUAAUUGUUGGUAAAAUAUUGCUACUUCACUGCUGGUGAUUCAAACAAUGUUUAACUUAGUUAUUAGCGUAUUUAUUAAUUUUUAUUUUUAAUUUUACUUUUUAAGGUUAAACGAAUCCUAAAUAGAAAAUGCCAGUAUAUGAACAGUUAGUAAUACAUAUUUAUGUAUAUAAAUACGUACAUAUGUAAGUAAGCGUGUACUUAGCUUGUUGAUAAUGAGUAGUCGGUAGUUGUUAGUUGUUAGUAAAAUAAACAAUUACGAGUAUUAUGCACACAAUCAAUUUUAAAGUGCCUUUAGCGGUAUUUACGAGUAGUAGACCACAACACACACGUACAUAUACAUACAUAUGUAUAUAAAAUAAAUGUAAACAUCUGUACGUAAGCUGCCAGCGCAUUUUGAAUGCUUUUUGGAGUGGUCUCGACUAAAACUUUAGAAAAAUAUGUAUAUUAAAACAACAAUAAAUAAUAUAGUGUUGCAAUUGUUGUUAAGUAGUCAAAAGUAACCUCACUUAGCAUUUAGAAGAAAUUAAACAAAAAAUUUACACACCUUACUUCGCGCCAUACAUAUCUACACUUAUGCACUUGCACACGUUUACGCGCUUAAACAACUGUAAAAACAAUAGAAUUUUUAUCUAGUGUCUAAAACGUCAUACUCCGACAAAUAAAUCGAGCUACUUAAAAAAAGACAAGCACAAUGCAAGAUUAGUUACAGUAGUUACAGUACGGUUGUCACUUGCGAAACUGAAAGCAGUUUUACAUGCACACGUCACAAUACCUAUCGUCGCCUAAAAUGCAAAAUCACGUAAAAUCACUUUUCACAAAGUUUACAGGCGAAGGAAAAACGU